CAAUAAAAAAAGGAUGGGGAGCCAAGAGUGUAAUUUCGUAAACUCCAAAGGAUGAAUCUGCAAAGAAACCCAAUCGAAAAGAAACUUUUAGCGCCCCAAUCAAAAACAGACUUUUAGCAAAGCCGACAUUCUUUGCUUUGCAGGGCCCACUGAAACAGAAAAACCGAAACACCGAGAAAAUCCCGGCGGCAGAGGACGCGCCAGAUUUGGAUCUGUUACUUACAACGUUCGACUCUUUCGAAUUCGAUAAUGUCCACCUCUUAACACAUACCACCGUCCCCAAAAUUUAAUCUCUUUCUCUUUUAAAUUUUGUAUGCUUUGAAUUCUCUUAUCAUUUUCUUAAGCUUCAAAAGCCAGGAGGACACAGAGAGAAUCGUAGAGGUCCAUCUCCGACUGGCCAUGGUUGACUGGAGAGGUCAAAGUAGACAAAAUGCCCUUUUGGUGUAUAGGGGUUUUGGUUUGGUUUUUGGUGCUUUGAGCAUUGCCCCUCUUUAUGUUUAUAGAUGUGCAUUUUCUGGAGGGUUGCUCCAUUACCAAACCGAGGAUGCAGUCUUUGGGGUGUUUUCGGUGAUUUUUUGGACUAUUACUCUUAUUUCAUUGUUCAAGUAUGCUUUUAUCAUGUUGAGUGCCGACGAUAAUGGUCAAGGUGGGCUUAUCGCAUUAUACGCACUCCUUUGCAGAAAUGCAAAAUUCUGUUUGCUGCCUAAUCAUCAAGCAGCUGAUGAGGAGAUCUCUACAUAUCGUUACCCAGGUCGUUCCAAUACGAACAGACCCACUUCACCAUUGAAAGGAUUUAUUGAGGGACAUAAAAGUGCCCAAACUUGUUUACUUCUUCUGGUUUUAUUUGGAGCUUCCAUGGUGAUCUGUGUUGGUAUCCUCACUCCUGCAAUAUCGGUUUUUGCAUCUGUUGAAGGGCUAAAAUUUCAAGCGAAAGAUUUGCAUAAUAGUGUGGUGGUUCUUAUUGCCUGUAUUCUAUUAGUUGCUCUUUUUGUUUUGCAACACCGUGGCAUCCACAAGUUGGCCUUCAUAUUCACUCCCAUCAUGAUCCUUUGGGUACUGUUAGUUGCUGCUGUUGGAAUGUACAAUAUCAUCGAGUGGAAUCCAAGAGUAUAUCAGGCUCUUUCUCCAUAUUAUGUUUACAUAUUCUUUAAGAGGACAGGAAAAGAUGGUUGGAUUUCUCUUGGAGGAAUACUUUUAUGUAUUACUGGAACUGAAUCCAUGUUUGCGGAUCUUGGUCAUUUCAGAGCAACACCAAUAAGGGUUGCAUUUUCUUUUGUCAUUUAUCCAUGUCUAAUACUUCAAUACAUGGGACAAGCUGCAUUUCUUUCAAAAAAUUUAUCUGCAGUGUCUAUGAGCUUUUAUGCUUCUAUUCCAGUUCCCUUACUUUGGCCAGUACUUGUGGUUGCACCUUUGGCUGCCAUUGUUGCCAGUCAACCUGUUAUCUCUUCCACAUUCUCAAUAGUCAAGCAAUUGCAUGCAAUACGAUGUUUUCCUCGAGUCAAGGUUGUACAUACGAAGAGACGAAUCCCUGGUCAGAUAUACAUCCCUGAGAUAAACUGGUCUCUUAUGAUUCUCAGUCUGGGUGUCACAAUUGGUUUUCGAGACAUAAAUUAUAUAGGAAAUGCUUAUGGGAUUGCAUGUUUGGCUGUUACAAUCAUAACAACGUGGUUGACAUCGCUAGGAAUCAGCCUUGUUUGGCAUAAGAGUUUCAUGUUUGCCCUUUUAUUCAGUGUACUUUUUGGUUCAGUUGAAAUCAUCUACCUUUCAUCUUCGUGUAUGAGAAUCCUUAAAGGUGGAUGGUUUCCCCCUGUUCUCUCUGCAGUCUUCUUGGUAGUUAUGUAUGUCUGGCAAUAUGGAACGAGGAAGAAGUAUUUGUAUGACCUGCAUAACAAGGUUUCAAUGAGGCAUAUACUCACGCUGGGCCCUAGUCUUGGGAUUGUUAGGGUCCCAGGGAUUGGCCUCAUCUACACUGAGUUGGCUACGGGAGUCCCAGCAACAUUUACUCAUUUCUUAACCAACUUACCAGCCUUUUACCAAGUGGUUGUCUUUGUUUGCAUUAAAACUGUUCCUGUUCCCUAUGUACCCCAAAAAGAUAGGUAUCUUGUUGGUCGCAUUGGUCCCAAAUCUUAUGGGAUGUACCGCUGUAUGGUUCGGAAUGGAUACAAAGAUGUCUUUAAAAAUGGAGAUGACUUUGAAAUUGAUGUGGUGAUGAGCAUAGCGGAGUUCAUCCAAAUGGAAGCAGAAGGUUGUGGAACUCCUGAAGGUGCUGUGGAUGGUCGUAUGGCAGUUGUGAAGACUUCUGGGAAGUUUGGCACAGCAUUGUUUAUGUCACAAACUUCUGGCCCUGGAGAAAGCAGCAGUUCAAGUUCUUCAACUAUUGUGAGCAGCAGCAAGUCUAACACACUGCAGAACUUGCAGGCCACCUAUGAGCAAGAAGCACCGAAACUAAACUAUUGGAGGCGGGCUCGGUUUGGGUUGAUGGAUGCAAAAUGCAAGGAUACACGUGUGAAGGAACAGCUGCAGGAACUUGUGGAAGCAAAGCAUGCUGGGGUAGCAUAUGUAAUAGGUGCUGCUUAUUUAAAGGCAAAAUGGAAUUCGUCAUUCAUAAAGAAGUGCGCUAUCGAUGUUGCCUACUCUUUCUUACGUAAGAACUGCCGAUCUCCUGCUGUUGCUUUGAACAUUCCUCAUAUCUGUUUAAUCAAGGUGGGAAUGAACUACAUUGUUUAAUGCAGUACAUCUUGUGAAGAUGCAUAUUUUGGCAGCAAAACUUGCACAGUGCCUGCUUUGUCCAGAGUUUCAUGCACUUUAUCUUGUGUGAAUAGAUUCAGAUUGUUGGUAUUUGGAAGAUACGUUGCUAACUUGGCACAAAGCAUUGAUGGAGGAGGUUCAUUUUAAUGCCAAGUUGUUGGUUGUUCUACUGCUGAGGCCUAAGUGGUUCUCAAUAAUUGAAUUAGCCAGAGAUGCUCAGUCUGUCAUUAGAAGCAGGAUUUUUAAUUGGUUCCGCAAAAUUUCAAGCCACAUAAUUCUUGUGUUUCCCAAAAAUGUUAAGUUUUGUUUCGUAAACCUGAAUUCAGGUUUGUUUACGUGUAUGGAAAAUUGGAAGUAGCAUUUUUUGUUCUUUCUUUUUUCAUUUGAAGGGAGAUUGAGAGUUGAUGCACUUUGUGUUCAAAUAACAGGACCUUGUCCAAAUAACUUCGUUCAGCUCGGAGGAUCGGUCUGUGACAUUCAUAAUUCAUUACAAAAGAAAAUUC